AUGCUUCACCUACUAAUAGGGAAUAAAUAAAUCUAAUUAUUCAGUGAUCAGAAGGUGAAAUAGAGAAUAAGUGCUAUGUUGAAAUAGAAAAGUAGACAAUAUCCACAUUAAUAUUUGACAGUUGAAUUGUCAAGUGAAGACAAUUAUGAAAUUGAACUUGAUUAAGAUGAUAUUAAAUAAGUUUGUGAAAAUUUUGGAGAAGUUAAAUAAGUCUAUACAAAAGUCAAUGGUGCGAUCAUAAUUAAAUUCAAUUCAGUUUUCGAUGCUUUCAUAGUUUACAAACUAUUAAAUAAACAUUAAAUCAAAGAAUUAGAUGUCACUAUAAAAAUAGAAUUCACUAGUCAAUAGGAUCUAUUAGAAAUUAUGGAAUUCCAAGAUUCAAAUCAAUAAAAGUUUACUUGUAGAUAUGAUGUAUAAAUCGAUAAUGACAAAGAUUUUCAAGUUGCUCGUAAGAUUAUAGGUAUUGAAUUGGAAUCUAUUUUAGGUGCAAAAGGAUGCAACAUGAAAAAGAUAAUUGAUUAAUAUUUGGUUAAAUUAAGAUUAAGAGGAAGAGGAUCAGGGUACAAGGAAGGACCAGAAAAAAGAGAAUCUCAGGAACCUUUACAUUUAUGUGUAUCCUCUAAACAUAAUCAUCUCUUUCUUAGAGCUUGUCAAUUAGUAGAACAAUUAUUGAUCAAAAUUUAUGAUGAAUAUAAAAUGUUCGGAUUAAGCAAAGGAAAGAAAUCAUUCAAUUUUGGUAUUAAAAAGGUGUAAUAACCAUUAAAAUCUGUAAUAAAACCUAAUUUCAUGCCUGAGUUACCAAACUUCAAUUUUUCAAAUAAUCAAUUCAUUGAUUUUAAUAAUGAAAACAUUAUGGGUUAUUCAAAUUUACCUAAUUAAUUAAUGUGA